AAAGGGAAAUCCACAAAGUCUCUUGAGUUUUUGUUCUGGAAAAUAUCGGGGGGUCUCGAUCGAAACGAGCGAUUGGUGGUAGCGGAAGCUUUGGGAGGCGGAGCUCCGGAUCUGCUACAUACCCGUUUCCCUCUGCUGCCGCUAUUUCCGUCCGAUCUCUCAGAUUUUCCGGUCCUGGGUUGCUUUGAGUUGUGAUUUGUGAGCGAUUCGGUUUCGUCAUGGCGUCGAAGCGCAUCUUGAAAGAGCUCAAGGAUUUGCAGAAGGAUCCUCCAACUUCUUGCAGCGCAGGUCCUGUGGCUGAGGACAUGUUUCAUUGGCAAGCAACGAUUAUGGGACCCCCUGAUAGCCCAUACGCAGGAGGUGUAUUCCUGGUCACCAUUCAUUUCCCUCCAGAUUAUCCUUUCAAGCCCCCUAAGGUUGCAUUUAGGACUAAGGUCUUCCACCCGAAUAUCAAUAGCAACGGAAGCAUUUGUCUUGACAUCCUAAAAGAGCAAUGGAGCCCAGCACUUACUAUCUCUAAGGUAUUGCUCUCAAUCUGCUCAUUGCUGACUGACCCAAAUCCUGAUGACCCUCUCGUGCCGGAGAUCGCCCACAUGUACAAAACUGAUCGAGCCAAGUACGAAUCCACUGCACGUAGCUGGACUCAGAAAUAUGCAAUGGGUUGAAGAAGUCUUUUCAGCCAGAUGUAGAGUUUGUAUUUGGGGGGAGGGGGACGGUUCGGGGCGUUUCAAUUGAGGAAGAACAGUUUCCUUAAUUAUAUCAAAAAAAGAAGGGUAUGAAUGGGAUGUAAUUCUGGCUUUACCAGAACUUUAAUUUCUUGUUUGAUGUUGUUCCUUCCAGAUUUCUAGACAGAAACUUAAGUGUUCAAGUUUUAAUUCCAUCGACUGAGGAAUCGGUGUUGAUUUUUCAUCUGCCAUUUCUUGUUGUAUCUUGAAAGAUUGAGAAAUGUAUAAAUCCAAUGAACUGCUAUGUUUGCUGUUUACUCUUCCAAUAAAUUGUUCUUGUAACGCA